UCUGAACAUAACAAGCUAUGGGUGAAACACACUAGUCUGUGUCAUUAGCAUCCCAGUGGACACAGCUAUGUCAAGGUAUUGAAAGAACGUGAAUACACAAAUGCUUGAUAUACAGACCCAGCAUGGAGCUGAAUAUGCUGUAUGUUGGAUCUAGACACUCAGUUGUCUUUCUGGCGCUUCUGGCAAUUGGUCCGGCAUUGUCCACCGACCACAUGCACAUUGACUACGAAUGUGACAGCUCUGGAGUUAUGACGGCUGUCAAUCCUGAUCCGGAAAUAUUAAAGUCGGCAACGGCUGGGCAAGGCACUACAAUUUGUAACACCACACUCAGCAACAACGGCAGUACCAUAAUUAUAAGUGGCUGUAGUAAGGACGAUACAGUGUUACUAACACUGAGUAACAGGGAAACGUCGGGUGACGGAAUCAUAGCAGGCGGAGAGACGCACACCUUUGCUUUGUUCUGCGAGGAUGUAGAUGAAGUUAUUUUUUCACAUCAGGUCGACUUUGUCGUGCCCAACGAGAUAUCCGCGACCACCGAAGAGCCCGAUGAGACCGUUACGUCUGUGACGCAAUCUCCGGUGACCCCUAGAUUCGGACUGACGACGAGCAUUAUGAACGCGGCUAGGGAUGCCGUAUUACAGCAAGCCGUUCUCGGUCAAAGCAUAGUGUGGACAAUAUCUGGACCAAGUACUUAUGAUUUGCUCCCAGUAAGUUGUUUUGCGUACGCGGGGACUACCGCGGGAGGAGCUACGUCCGUGGAACUCAUAAACUCACUCGGGUGUUCAGCGAUUAUCUUUUUCCCCAAGUUCGUGUCAGCGAAUAAUGCAGCCAUGUGGGAAGUGUUUUCGCCAUUUCCGGCUUUCAAAUUUGUCGUCAGCGACUACGUAACGUUUGCUUGCGACGUGAAAGUGUGUCGCCGAGGAUCAGCAAAAUGCAGCACGACUUGUGGCAAGCGGCGGAGAAGAACUGCACGCGCUGUUCAAUCUUCUGAGACGUCAAUGAUCAGUGACAACGUUCGCUGGCCUCGUGAAUUAAAUGCCCGCAGCGUCGGAACGGAAGACUUUAGUAUCGUAGUGGCUCAUCUCCGUAUAGCCGAGUCCGGCGGGAGUCGCGUUGGUCUAUCUGCAGUGAUUAUCCUGUUUGCCAUCGGAAUGGGCUCUAUUCAGUGACUCCGAUACUACGAGUGUUAAAAUGUAUAUUUGUGUCUUGUUCUGAAACAACUGGCCAUAAUGGACGACACUUACGAACAUGCAUUAUGACCAGCCUUCACAGAACAAGACACAUUUAAAAAUAGAGGAACAGACGGAUUUACCUUCUUAUGAAAUGGAGUAAUAUACAAAUAGUAUAUCAUUAAUUAAUAAAAAUAGCAUGCAAGAUGCCAUCAAUUUCUCAA